GCAAAUUCUCUCCGCCACUGGGUCUCCGAUUUCCUGCCGUCCGAACACUCGUCACCAUUCAUUACAAUUUUUUCGUGUGCUCUGUGAGGACGGAUUUUUCCUUUGCACGUAAAAGUGGUGAAUAAUGUCGGAAAAUCGUAAAUCUAAGAAGAGAAAGAUACAAGAAUUAUUGCAGGAUCUUUUGGAAAACUCAAGCGGUUUUUGGAAGAAAUAUAUGAACAGAAACGUCCGCAACCUAAAUACCAGAUAACAUGGGACCCUUCCUUAGUUCUGGACUAUUUAGCAAAAAUGUACCCUCUACCUGAGGUACCGCUGCCCCAAUUGACCUGUCAGCUAUUAACUUUACUAGCUCAAGUAACUGGUCAUAGAAUACAUGCAUUGACUAAAAUUAGGACUAGAAAUAUUACUCGUUUUAGCAAUAGACUAGAAAUUAAAAUACCAGAUUCAAUAAAGACAUCCAGUCGUUCUACUUGUCAACCCUUGUUAGUUGUUCCAGACUUUACUGAAAAUUCUCAUACCCUCUGCAUAAGUUAAUUGUCAACUCUAUAAUUGAAUUAAACUGGAGCCCUCUUUCU